CAUCUUUGUAGUUGAGCGGAACACUAUCACUAUGCAUGGAUGUAUGAUCUACGCCUUGGUUUGCAAGAACAUGAACAAGAGGCAUCGCGUGAUAACGAAUUAUCAGAAAACUGAACUUCCGCGAAAGGUGAUGACGAAACAACAUCUGAUCUUGAUCAAAGUCCUCUUGUUCACUAUCUAGCAAUUAUGAUUUCUUUCGACGUCUAUGUAAUUAAAAGUGUUGUGGUCGUUGUCCACUGUUGAUUUGAUUAGUAAAUUUUCAUUUUUCAAGUGGAAGUGGUGUAACACACUUGUAAUUAAACCUAAUCCCCCCGCGUGUGUAGAACUAAGAUCGUGUUGCUGUUGCACGCAGCGUGUGCGUUAAGAGGACAUCAAACAAAAUGUUCGGAGAAUCAUCUGCGAGCACUUCCUGCGCGCGGCGGGGCCAGCGCCCGGUGACUACACCUGGGGCAUCUACUAGGUUUUGCCGGCUCAGUGACAUUCAGGGGACCGGUGAAGUGGCGAGCAGAACUAACGGACGCUUUCUCUUAAGGCUUAGAUAUCUAAAAAAGUAAUGUGGCGGACCUGUGGCACAGUAGAGAGUGCGACUCGCAUAGCGGACCCGACGAAAUAAUAAUCAAGGUCAACAAGGACUGACUGACGUUUUUUAGAGGAAGGCUGUCGGGAAAUAAACGGGGCCAGUUCUUAUAUAUUUAUAGCUUUUAGGGCAGGCAGUAGAACCUGUGAGAUGAUUGGGAAGAGCGCUAAUUCCUGUCGUCAUGGUGACAGAGUAUAACUCCCCUGGUAUCUACUACGGAGAUGGAAACGCGUCAGUCACCGUGCAAGUAGUGGAUGAGACCCAAAACCGAACACCUGUGCGUGCGAAAACGGCAGAUUAUACACUAAAGAUUUGCCUGCCGGUUUCCCAAAGUCUCUACAACAAGGCAAAAUCGGAGAACAAGCGAAAAAACUCCAAGCGCACUCUAUCGCGCUCCCGGCACACGAUCGAGCGUUAA